CUGCCUCGUUAAAUUAUAUCUCUUUUAUAUGGCUAGUUUAGCAUGAUGUAAUCAUAUAUUUUAUAUUCUCUUCUCUAUCUCUAUAAGGGAUUCGCAUAAAAUCUACCCUACCUAACAGAAGGCUCUUAACCAAGAUUCUUUCUGCUUCUUUGUGUUUUGAAAUGUUUUUGUUGUUGAUUACUGCUAAAUUUCCCAUUAAAAAGAUAUUUAAUUAAAAAAGAAAGUGACGCGAUAGAAACAAAAGCGCAGAGCCGACUGAGACCGCAGCGACGACCGAAGGAACGGAGACAUAGAAAGAAGAGGCAGAGCCAGAUGUGCAGAGACUGAGACCUGGACAAAGAGGAGAGAGACAGAGAGACAGAGACAGACAGAGCCCGACCCCGUGACAGAGAAAGAGAAAGAGAAACUGAGGCAGACACACCAGAGACAGAAGGCUAAGGGAGGGGGGCGGGGGGAGAAAGAGAUAGAGACCGGAAAGUCGGUAAAGACACAAACGGAGAGACAGAGAGAAAAGAGACAGAGGCAGACCCUCAGAGAGAUGUAAGAGAGGGAAGAGGAGGCACAAACGAGUCAGAAACAGACCGAAAGACAAGCCUGGCCAGAGAUUUGAUGGAGGCGAGAGGGGGGAUCCAGGCGUCGCAGCCGCCUCCAAGGCCCAGACAGGAUUUAGGACCUGGCUCUCUCCUCUCCCACGUCAGAUCAUGCCUCUAUUGACCCUAAUGGUGCUUGCCCUGGUGACAGGUCGUGGCCGAGCAGAGACAAGAAUUAUAAAGGGGUAUGAGUGUCCAGCUCACUCCCAGCCCUGGCAGGUCGCACUGUUUCAGAAGUCUCGACUGCACUGUGGGGCUACCCUCAUCAAUCGACAAUGGCUACUCACCGCAGCUCACUGCAAGAAGCCCCAGUACUGGGUCUACCUGGGGGAACAUAACCUUCAGCGACCAGACAGCUGUGAACAGAAGCGGAUGGCAACCCUUUCCUUCCCCCACCCGGGCUUCAAUGGUAGCCUCCCCAACAAGGACCAUCGAAAUGACAUCAUGCUGGUGAAGAUGAACUCCCCGGUGAUGCUGACGAGGGGCGUGAAGCCCUUAGCCCUGCCUGAGGACUGUGCCACUGCUGGCUCCCAAUGCCUCAUCUCCGGCUGGGGCACCACCACUAGCCCCCAGUUGACCCUCCCCCAUACCCUUCGAUGUGCCAACAUCACCCUCAUCGAUCACAGGGAGUGUGAAGGGGCUUAUCCUGGGAACAUCACAGAUACCAUGGUGUGUGCCGGCGUCACAAAGGAGGGCAAGGACUCCUGCCAGGGUGAUUCAGGGGGGCCCUUGGUGUGCAACGGAACACUUCAAGGCAUCAUUUCCUGGGGCCAAGACCCUUGUGCUGUCAGCCGGAAGCCAGGUGUCUAUACCAAGGUCUGCAAAUAUGUGGAUUGGAUCCAUGAAACCAUUAAAGACAAUUCACCCUGACCAAGAAUAUUUCCAUUGAUCUCUCUCCCCUGUCCCUUCCCUCCUUGUCUACUUUAUUCACAAUAAAUAGCUGUGGAAAGUC